AUGCUCUGGCUACAGAUAGCCAGUCAUAUGGGCAUUGCCCUCCUCGCCUUCGUCGCACAAAUGCAAGGACACAACACCCUCUACCCCACCAACACAAUCGGACUACUCAUCAACGCAGUUUUAACGCACAUACCCACGAUUACUGAGAUUGCGCAUUCACUUGUCGCCAUUGCCCCCCCUCGCCCGGCCUACCCAGCACAAUAUCCUAUCCCCGAUCCGACAACGAUGACAUCAAAGGAUUUGAUUCCGUGGACGCCCACCAUGCUUCCGGUAUCCGAGGAACGCCAGCCGUCAUGCCUCAUAACAGCACCUGCCCCGCCACCAUCGACUGUCGCGGAAAUGGACAAUUAUACACUGGUAUCGCAAGUGGCUUACCUCACUAUGGAUCCUAUUAUCUUGGAGGAGCAUGUAGAAAUCGGGGAACCCAUGGAUAUGUCGCAGCUAACGUGCCUUCUCUGGCGUGGCGUCCUGGCAGUCGCGAUUGUGUGCGGAAUCUAUAUCGUUACAAUGGCGUUCAUGAACGGUAUCAUGAAGAAUAAUAUCUAUGCCAGCCGGUGGCGCUCCUCAAUCGUUGUCUCCCCCAUGUUUGUCUCGUACACAGAUGUUGGUGCAGCCUCGCUCUUCCACGCAGAGCUCGCGUUGAACAGCGAGGAUGCAUCGGCGGACUUCCUCUCUAGUAUGGUGAAUAUCAUCUCCGGCUUGCGAGUGGCCACUGGCCCUGACUGGAACAUCUACGACAAUGACUCAGAUUACCAGGUGCAUCUAGCUCAAACGGCGGAAAUGACACAUGAGUCAGAAGCUGCCAAUAACGUACACAUUACAAGCGAGUUCAAUGCGUCUCCUGCAUUUACUGCAGACACAGCGCCGGCACACUUCGGUGGUGACGAUGCUGUAUAUAACCCCAAUACCCUAGCCAUACAAGAUACCCAGGAUGCACAGGAGACUGCUGACAUUAAGCUGAAAGAAUUGUGCAAAGCCGUAGAAAAUGUAGUCAAAGUAAAUAACCCUCCGGAAUCCACGGACGAUGACGCAUCCGCACAUGCCGACUUGACAACUACCGCUUCUACUCAUGAAACAGGCAUCCAGGAGCAGGAUGCUGGACCAGAUGGAUGGCACGCACUUGAAUGCGUUCAUUUGGGACAAGAGAGCGUACAAAAGAAGCCGAAUGAGCGGGCGCUGACCACAGGGGACGAUGCAGGUCCUGCAGAAGAGAAUUUUGGUGAGCAAGAGAAACUGGAACAUGGGCCUCAAGCAGAGCGGAAGAAACACAAGAAGGGAACCGCAGAGCUCAUUCAAGAACAGGAGGUGAAGAUCGCGCAAGAACAGACGGCCACAGUCGAUCAGACUAAGAAGAAUGGAUCAUGCGAGGAGAACAAAGUCUGCGAAAACAUCGAGCAGCUCGAGAAGAGGAGGGACUGCGCUACACUCCAACAGAGGAACAAGCAAGGGAGCCAGGAUACGCAAAGCAGAAGGCGGAGGAAGCGUCGCCACUCAUCAGCAAACGGUGACUCUGCAUGUGUAUCUGCGAGACUGUUUAACGUGAACGACAGCCACGCGCAAUCCUCUACACUCCCUUCCGCACGCGAACACAUCCCGACAGCGACGUCCGGGAUAACCUGUGUCUCAAUGUCCCAUGCCAAGCCGCAGAUCAUAUACCAAACCGGUCCUGAGGUCUUCAACAUCAACUACACUCGCGCACCGAGUUCGUUCGAGCACUUCGUUUUCAGCGACCUUCCGGAAGGCCCUCUGGGGUACCAGACGCCUGUCCUACCAGAGGUCAGCUGCGACUACGAGAGGGUCUACAUCCCGACCCCGAAUCCGCCGAGAUCGCUUCGAGCCACUCCGAGCAGUGCGCCUAGUCGAGUUGCACCCUCGGUCAAUGUGCCGUCUCCCUCGCCGACAUCCCCACCCUCGGGCGAGGCCAGCGGAUCGGCCCAGGGCGAGAGUACUGAACGCAGAAGACCGAGAAACUAUGGAGAACGCGCAUUCCAAAGCGCCUUUGCUGCUGCAUUGAGGCCUCGCAGGGAGCGGUAG